CACCACUCUCCGCCUCUCUCUCUCUUUCCCACACUCCUCCUCCAUUAACCACAACUCUCCGCCUUCUUUCUCUGUUAAACACUUUCGACUCCCCCUUGAACACUUCCUCCAUCUCUAUUCACUAUGAGAGAGGUUAUCAGCUUGAACGUCGGCCAGGCCGGUUGCCAGAUCGCCAACUCGUGCUGGGAGCUUUACUGCCUUGAGCACGGUAUCCAGCCCGAUGGUUACCUGACCGAGGAACGCAAAGCCGGCGACCAAGACCAUGGCUUUGACACUUUCUUCUCUGAGACUGGCCAGGGCAAGUACGUUCCUCGUACCAUCUACGCCGAUUUGGAGCCCAACGUCGUCGACGAGGUCCGCACCGGCACAUACCGUUCUCUCUUCCACCCUGAACACUUGAUCACUGGCAAGGAGGAUGCCUCUAACAACUACGCCCGUGGCCACUACACCGUCGGAAAGGAGCUCAUCGACCAGGUCUUGGACAAGGUUCGCCGUGUCGCCGAUAACUGCUCUGGACUCCAAGGUUUCCUCGUCUUCCACUCCUUCGGUGGCGGAACCGGUUCCGGUUUCGGUGCUUUGUUGAUGGAGCGCCUCUCUGUUGACUACGGCAAGAAGUGCAAGUUGGAGUUCUGCGUUUACCCUGCUCCCCAGGUCGCCACCUCCGUGGUCGAGCCAUACAACUCCAUCCUUACCACCCACACCACUUUGGAGCACUCUGACUGCAGCUUCAUGGUUGAUAACGAGGCCAUCUACGAUAUCUGCCGACGAAACCUCGGAAUCGAGCGCCCCAACUACGAGAACUUGAACCGUCUCAUCGCUCAAGUCGUCUCCUCCAUCACCGCUUCCCUCCGAUUCGAUGGAUCCUUGAACGUCGACCUUAACGAGUUCCAGACCAACUUGGUGCCUUACCCCCGUAUCCAUUUCCCUCUCGUCGCCUACUCGCCUGUCGUCUCCGCCGCCAAGGCUGCCCACGAGGCCAACUCGGUCAUGGAGAUCACCAACGCUUGCUUCGAGCCCAACAACCAGAUGGUCAAGUGCGAUCCCCGCAACGGAAAGUACAUGGCCACAUGUUUGCUGUACCGUGGAGACGUCGUCCCCAAGGACUCUCACGUCGCCAUCGCUCACCUCAAGACCAAGCGCACCAUCCAGUUCGUCGACUGGUGCCCUACCGGUUUCAAGGUCGGUAUCUGCUACCAGCCCCCACAGGUCGUCCCCAACGGCGAUCUCUCCCAGGUCAACCGCGCCGUCUGCAUGCUCGCCAACACAACCGCCAUCGGCGAGGCCUGGUCCGCCCUUUCACACAAGUUCGAUCUCAUGUACUCCAAGCGUGCCUUCGUCCACUGGUAUGUCGGUGAGGGUAUGGAGGAGGGUGAAUUCUCAGAAGCGAGAGAAGAUUUGGCAGCGCUCGAGAGAGACUACGAGGAGGUGGCUGCUGACUCGCUCGAGGGUGAGGAGGGUGUUGAGGCCGAGUACUAGUCCCUCAACUACGCAUGAAUGGAGCGUUAGCAGGCAUGCUCGUCAGUGCUGUAUCGUUAAUCUGUUAUGUUCUCAAUUCCUUGAGCAUGACUUUGCAUUGACGAGGGCAUGGACUUUGGCGAUAGUGACGGAGUUUGUGUUCGAUCUGCUGGCGAAAAUGGGUCUCCUGGGGAGAGCGUUUGGGCCAUUUGGCUUUUCCUUGUCAUAAGUUUUCUUUAAUGCGGUAUACACCAGUAAAUUGAUCAAAGGCUCAAGCCUAUUUCAUACA